AUCAAAACUAACCAGGAAACAAAUUUUGGGAGAAGAAAAUAACUUUGGAAAAUACUAGUCUUUGAAGCAAAGAUGAGUCAAAUAGAAUGGGCUAUGUGGGCUAAUGAACAAGCUAUAACGACCAGCUGUGUUCUCUUUUUGGGAGGUGUUGUAGGCAUAGCUGGCAUGUUUAAGUACUGGCAGUUUGGUAUAUAUGGAGUAUUUAUAAGUCUUGUGAUAGCAAUUUUGGAGUGGCCACGAAGUAAACGGAAAAAGGGAAAUACAACGGAAAGAAGAUAUCAAAGACCAUUCACUGUGAUAGUGAACAAAUUUGGAGUUGCAGGGAAGAACUACUUUGUUAGAUUUGUAUUUUAUUUAAUAUUGUGUGUUCCAUGCUGUUUUACCCUUUCAACAUUAUUAGGAGGAAUAUGCAUGCUUCUAACUGGCUUCAUAUAUUUUGCUGCAGCCAUUAAAGGUGAGGAAUGGAUCCCAGCUGGUCUGGAGGUGAAAGAUGAGCAGGGAAACAAGAAAAGAAUAACCAGUCUACACCCGCCAAAGAAACCACCACCCAGACCUGCCACGGCUGAAGAACAGGACAUCAGCAUCAUAGGGACAGACUCAGUUACAAUGGAGAUUGUAGAAGAACGCCCUACCCAAGGGGCAGAGUCAACGAGAGCCAUGGUUCGCCCUACACGACCCACUCCACGCCCAAGUGCGGCCGCUAGUCAUGUGAUCCAGGAUUCAAACAGCUAAUGAACACUGAGGAUAGGAUUGGUUGUACAUGUAGUUUGUUUGGACAGUAUUAGUGUUGAAACUUGGAAAGGACCUCACUGCCUUAUAUCAUAGUUUUAAGAUUGCCAAAUAUAGAAAUUUAGACCAAUUAUGCAUCCAAAGAGAUAAUUGUUUUUUAACCAAAUUAUCAUAAACUAUUUUGUGCUGAUGAGGGAUGAAUGGAAGAGUAAAUGAUUGUUUCUAUUUUAAUGGAAGGAAUUUUUAUAGAUGUUUCACGGUUGAGUGGGUGAGAAUGUUAAUUGAAAUGACUAAAGUGUCGGUUAAAUGCAACCUCUGAAAGUAAGUUUAUUGUGCCUCUCCACUCAUUUUGUUCUAUGUUCAUCUUGAAUGACAUUGUGUGGUUAACAUCGCAAGUUACCAAAGCCUUCUAUACUUUAAUGUUGUUUGAUACCUUGUGAAAUUAACUGUACAAUAUGAUUUUUUCAGCCUACAGGUUGUUUAAAAAAACAUGAUACAACUUAAGACAUAAGCCAGGUCUAUUGUGUGCUUAAUGAUAUUAUUUAUACAGGGGGAUUGUUUACUCAUAUUGCAAAAUCAGUUGUUCAAGGCCAUCAUACAGUUAAGUUAGACAAAUUUAUAUGGGUCUAAAUACAAAUAUGUCCACCUGAUUGACUUAGUAGUUUGGGACAUUGGGACUUGUGACAAUAUCUUAUAAAGCAUUUAUUCAGUCAACUUGGUUACUCACACAAGUGUUAAGGGCCACCAAAGAAUAAAGUUAGGUAACUAAAUAUGACCCUUAAUACUAAUUAUGAUCCCUAAUUGAGAAUGAUGGGUUAAAGUGUUUCGGCUUUGAAUUAUGGCUUUAUCCGAAAUCCAUUUUAUUUAUUGGCUUGAUUCUUCACCCAAGUGUUAAGGGCCAUCAAUCGAUUAAGUUAGACAUCUUUAUAUGAUUUUACAUAAUUAGUACAAAAUAUGGCCCCUGAUUGACUUAUAAAGAUUGGUUUAAGUUUUCCAGAACAUUGAGGCUUUUAAUCAUAUCUCAAAAAUGAAAGAAGUUAUCGCCAUAUGAUUUUCGAACCAACUAAUAGACCUUGUUUUUGACAUUCACAUUUUUCAUCAAUUAUGUAUUUUAUUUGGUAAAAUAUGGCACGGUCGAAGCAGCAUAUAGUCAAACGUGCUGUCUUAUAACAGCUGUUGUUACUAAGUUCUAUCUUGAAAAUACCAGAUAUAGCUAUUGCUGAAGUUGUAACAUGUUUUAUGAUACACCCAGUACUACUGCUUUAAAAAUUAUACACCCAUUUAAAAAAAAAAAAAAGACGUAUAAUAGUUUUACCUGUUGCGUAUGGUCAGGCGUGUGGUUUAGCGGGUGUCCGGGUGCUGGCUUUUUCCAGUAUUUUUUACUUUCAAUAACUUUUGAACCCUUUGUCCAAUCUUCACUUAUGAGUAUUGGCAUAAUAUCUUGGACAAUUUUGAUAACCAGCCAUAUCGCUAAAGUAACUCAAGAAUAAUCGCCCUUUAAUUAUUGAAAUUACCUAAAAUUGGUCUUGUCCACUCGUUAACUUAAGAAACCUAUGUCAAAUCACCACCAAAUUCGGUCAGGACGGGCAUUAUAUCUUGAACAAAUUUGAUAAACCAUAUUACUGUGGUCACUUGAGAGUUAUCUCCUUUUAGUUAUAGAAACUACGGUGACGUGGUCUUGUUUGAUCAAUGACUUUAGAAGCCUUUUUCCAAUCAUCACUGAAUUGUGUCAGAACAUAAAUUGGCAGAAUAUCUUGCUCAGGUUCGAGUAUCAGUCUCUCAAGAGUUAUGACCCUUGAAUUGCCAAACACUAUCUCUACCUUGUCUGCUCUUGAAAUUUGGCUUACAUACAACCACUAACCUCAAAACUUGAUGUCCUAUAUUAAAGAGGGGCUCAUUGUGUGACAGUUGGUGCUCUUGUAUAUUAAUGGUAAACCUUUUUAUAAUGUGACUGUGUGCUGUUGAAGUAUAUUUAUAUAUAAUAUUAGUAUGUAAAUCUGUUCAUUUUUUAAAGUAAUAUUAUAUAGUAUAUAUAUCAUUAUAUUUUCUACUUUUCGUGGUUGCAGGCAACCCUAUAACUAUGUCUACUCUUUCUCAACAAUAUGAUAAUUUCAUGUAUUUGUUGUGUGACUAUUUCCAAGAAUACUCAUAACAUAUCAAGUGUUGAUCCUAAUUGAUCACUGCCAGCGCGGUUUUUGCAUAUUGUCCAAAUAAUAUAGCAAAGUUUUUCAGCUUUUUAUUUGAUCAUGGUUCAUGUGAAAAAAAAAUUUCAUUUUCAUUUUCAAUUUCAUUUUUAUAGAGAUUUAUCAGUGAAUACAAAUGAUGUAUUUCAUUGUUUUAAAAUUUAGCCCGCUUUUUAUUACAAAUCUAACAACAGCAUUUCUAGGGCUUGGACAUAAAUUCUAAGACAUCAUUUCGAAAUGCCAUUAUGCUCACUAAAAGUUUGGUGCAAUUCUCUGAUUAACAACAAUGAACUGUCAAUUAUCCCACAAAAAUUACAGUUGUAUUGGCCAACAAUUGUUUUGAUUUAUUACUGGCGACUGCUCAAUUACAGGGAGAGAGACACUAUGUAUAUUGUAUAUGCUCACAAACCUGUGAUAUUAACUUUCACUAUUUUCUUUUUUUAUAAUGUACUAACAGUAUAAAGAGGAUGGCCUUUUACCGGUCCACUAUGCUAGUUAAGACAUUAUUUCUUACAAACAUGUGGUGUCUUGUAGUAAUUAUCACCUCACAGGGGGUUUUGCUUGUCAGAGACCUCAAUUUCGAAAAGUUUGUUUUUUACACUAAAGAAAAUUUGUAAAAGUACAUAUAUUUUUGCCUAAAAUCGACAAUAAAAUCCAUUUUAGGCUUAAUUCCUGUUUUGUGACACAUCAUCAUAAAUCAUUGUGUUUUAAUAUUAUAUUUUUUUUAAAUGGGCAUUUAAUAAUCAUAAUUAUGAUGUCAUGUACUUUGUUAUUUAAAUAAGUGUUUUAAAGAACAAAUUGUUACGGAAGUUAGUUAUGUGCUAGAUGCAAUGUUGCAAUAGCUAGUCAACCAAAAAGCAAAAAUAUAUAUAAAGUUGGAACAUAUGAUUGUGGUAAAUUUAAACAUACAUUGUUAUAUGGAAUAUCAAAUAAGUUAGAAGCGGUGUAACCUUUUCGAAAAAGUGUAUUAAAUGUGUAUUGAAUCCGCCAUUAAACACAGCGAAUUGACAUUGUAUUGUUAAGGGCUAUUCCAGUAAAACAUAUACUAGUAACCCAAUUAUUUAAAUAGCAUAUGGGUGAGUGUCUUUUUUAGCUGAUUUGAAAUUUGAAAGGGUAAAUUUGCUUCUGUGGGAGGGGUAUAGUUUAAAAGUGCCUUCCCCCCGGGGGUUAUAUGCUUAAAUGGAAAAGCCCUAACAGUUAAUUUUACUGGAUUUUAUGAUGAAAAAUGUGCUUCCAGUGUAUAAUGAAUGUAUUUUUUAAGUCGUUUUAGUUAACUCUAAGCCCUGCAAAAUACACUUGAAGUGCAUAAAUAAUCAUAUACUACUGCAUAAAAAAUCGCUUUAUGCACUUUGUGUCCUGAAACAUGCGCUUAUAGUUGAAAAAAUACACUUAUGCUCUAAAACACUAUGCAUUUAGUUCGCGUUAAAACACUGUUUGAGAAGGGUAUUGUACAUAGAAGUGUAAGAACCAUGUUGAAACCAGUGUUAUGCAUAAUAAAGGAUCUUGGCUUCUCUGUCGAUAUAUUGUUAAAUUGCAUGCAAUCCAGUACCUGAGUCAUAUGCAUGUUAUUUGAACUUAUUUGUAUCUAAAAUAAAAUUUGAUAAAAUUAAUAAACAAGCUAAAUAAA